AUGGAGGGGGAGGUGGAGGAGGCCUCUGUGUGCGCCAUAUGCCUGGACAAGGCGGGCAACCAAGGACCGCAGGGCACAGGAGAGCUGAAUGGUUGCUCCCACAUCUUUUGCUACUCCUGCAUUCUGGAGUGGAGCAAUGUCGCCAACUCGUGCCCCCUCUGCAAACAAAAGUUCACUCGCGUCACCCAAUCCCAGGGCAGCGUACAGCGAGUGGUGAGGGUGCAGGAGAGGGAGCAGCAACACGAAUACGAUGUGCACGCGGCCUAUGGCGACGAUGAAGAAGCGGCUAACAAUUCGUUCAUUGACGACCGGUCCGACGCCGAGAUUGAACGAGAGCAGGCGGAGGGUGCGGACGAUGGUGAUGAGCUGCACUGGCUUCAGAGCGAGCAGGAGCGAUGGGACCGUCGGCAGGGUGGUCUCCCGGUGGCCGACCACGACGACACGGGGAUGGCGGUCUUCUCUCAGGACGGCCGACGGCUGCGCAACACAAGAGCGAGGAAGAAGCGAGAAGCGGAAACCAAGCGGAUGUCACAGGAGGAGGCGGAGGCUGCAGCCGUGCUCCACCGAGGCGGCGAGGGGAGAGAGCGUAAGCGACCUCGCAUGACGCGCCAGAGCACGAUCGCGGAAGUCCUCGAAGCGCGCCAACAGAAUCGUCGCAUACUACAGCAACGAUUCACACAAGAGACAAGCAACAGCAACAGCAACAAUGAGGUCGUACUCAUCGGCGAUGGUGAUGAUGAAGAGGAAAGCGAGAGCAACAACGAGCACCAGCCCUCUCCAUCUUCGUCGGGCGGCAGCCUCAGCAGUGGCAGCAGCGAGCAAUAUACGCCCACGCAGCUGUGGGUGGUGAACGCCACUGAAAAGGCCCGCGCCGAGCGUUCGGCGGCCAACGCAACCAUCACGGACUACUUUGCUUCGCCUCAACAACAGGAGUCUGCCAACGCCGGCGAUUCCCAGUGCACGCCUGCGCGCUCGCCCAUCCAGCUUUCACCCGUGGCAUCGUCAGACCCCACGACCGCGAGCCUCUCGUCGUGCUUCCCGCUCACGCGUUCGCUCGGGCUGGCACCGUCGUCCCAAUCCACGCCCACGGCUGCCGUACGACGGACCAAGAAGAGCGCCGCGUCGAGCGCGAGCCAACGCGGACCGCAGCGAAGGAAGAGCGCGCGAAGCGAUGACAAGGAGAACCGACCCAAUCAGGUGAGCGAGCAGUACAUCGUCGAGGAGCGCAACAACGGGCUGGCCAAGAAGUCGCUCUGUCUCACUCCCCGGCGGAAGCGAAAGAUCAGACACCUCGUCGAGCAGGAGCUCGAGCGCUUCGAUCGCUAA